UGAAAAUCGUUGAUGUAUUUCAUACCUUCGCCAGAGGUUCAUUCAAUACAUUAAGCUUUAAUAUUGUGUUAUAAACAUACCGUCUGAUCAAUUUAGUCUUUCAUUAUGAAAUCCGAACGCAAUAGCAUUUUACAUCGUCGCUGAAAUAGUUCCAUUAUGUCCUUUGUCCCGAGUUGACGCAGAUCGAUCGGAAGAAAAAGAAAGCGUUCCUCACUUGGUCGUUUAGCUUUGUUAGUUCACUGUCACUCUGUCCCUUUAAAACUGGCUCUGGACGACCGUUGUCCAACAUUUGUAGUCGACGUUAGAAACGGAUAUCUGUAGGGAAUCGUCUCGUGAUCGUCUGCAGAAAAUGUAAACUGGCUGUCGUCUGUGAAGUUCAAAGUGGUCGCAAAAGUCACAGCUCUGUGGAUAAGAUCGUAUUUUGUGUAGAUUUUCGAAAUUGGAUUUUUGAAAUAUGUCAUCUAAGAAAACGGUUGACAGAAAAUUAGAAGCAGAAAUACAGAGCCUCUUCAAGACCUUCGAUAAGAACAAUGAUAAAUAUCUAUCGAAGGAAGAGCUUGGGAAAGCUAUGAGAAUCUUGGGGCUGGACGUCACGAGAGGGGACGUCUUAGAAGCAAUGAAAGUCCUGGACAAAAACGGCAAUGGCAGGAUAGAAUACAAAGAGUUUUCUGCUUUUAUGAAGAAAGAGUUGGCGAAGAAGCCCUCGGAAGCGGAUAAAGAGGCCAGCAUUCGUGCAGCAUUCAAAAUUUUCGAUAGAGACGGAAACGGUUUAAUAGACGGAAAGGAAUUAAAAUACGCUAUGCAAAAUCUGGGGGAGAAACUGACCGAUAAGGAGCUCGCUGAUAUGAUGAAGGAAGCUGACACAGAUAAAGACGGCAAGAUAGAUUAUGAAGAAUUCGUGCAGAUAUGGAAAGAUUCUAUGUAGACCGUUAUUGUUUUGAUUAGACAGUACUUUCACCUGUUGUUAACGGAUGGAUAAAUGUUGUUAUCGUAGUGCCUUUUUCACCAGUUUGAUUUUACUAACAUCAGACAUUUUGAAAAUUGUACCGAGGUCGGCUGUGACGUUAAUGACCUUGAUAACAAAGUUGUGGGUAUGGAUUUUCAGUCUUAGUAGAUACUAUGAAAAUCGGCUGAGGUGUUCAGCUAUCAUUUUAUUUUGUGAUAACGACAAUAUGUUUGGCAAUACUAUACUUUAAUUAUAUAAUAGUACAUGUAAUACUAUUUUUACUGCAUACUUGAUGGACUGAAUAAAAUAUUAAAAUGCAAAA